CGUUGCACUGAAGACGAAACCUCAGGGAGGUCAGGCGCUGUCUCCUUCUCUCGCAGCCCGGUGGCUCCUCCACACUUGCAACCUGCUGGGUCCGGGAGAACACCACCCUCGGGAGAAGCCAAGAGAGGAUACUACAUGGUAAAGGUUCUACCAAAGAUUCCAAGGAGAUAAUCGCCACCGCUACUUCCUCCUUGAACCUACUGAUACAUAGACGGGGUUGGGUGGCCAAACCCAUCACUGACACCCCGUCCCAGGCGCCCAGCCACCCUUCACCACUACCAUGGCCGAAGACGCUGACAUGCGCAAUGAGCUGGAGGAGAUGCAGCGAAGGGCCGACCAGCUGGCUGAUGAGUCACUCGAAAGCACCCGUCGUAUGCUGCAACUGGUUGAAGAGAGUAAAGAUGCUGGUAUCAGGACUUUGGUUAUGUUGGAUGAACAAGGAGAACAACUGGAACGCAUUGAGGAAGGGAUGGACCAAAUCAAUAAGGACAUGAAAGAAGCAGAAAAGAAUUUGACGGACCUAGGAAAAUUCUGCGGGCUUUGUGUGUGUCCCUGUAACAAGCUUAAGUCAAGUGAUGCUUACAAAAAAGCCUGGGGCAACAAUCAGGAUGGAGUGGUGGCCAGCCAGCCUGCUCGUGUGGUGGACGAACGGGAGCAGAUGGCCAUCAGCGGUGGCUUCAUCCGCAGGGUAACAAAUGAUGCCCGAGAAAAUGAAAUGGAUGAAAACCUGGAGCAGGUGAGCGGCAUCAUUGGAAACCUUCGUCACAUGGCCCUGGAUAUGGGCAAUGAGAUUGAUACACAGAAUCGCCAGAUCGACAGGAUCAUGGAGAAGGCUGAUUCCAACAAAACCAGAAUUGAUGAGGCCAACCAACGUGCAACAAAGAUGCUCGGGAGCGGUUAAAUGUGCCCACCUAUGUUCUUUUCCAAAUGCUGUCAGGCAAGGCAGCAACUUCAUGCUUUUUUCAUGGUAUUACCUAGUAGGUCUACAUACAUACACGCAUCAGUCCACCUCCAUUGUAAAUGUUGUAUUGUGUCAUCCAUCAACUUCCCAAAAAUAUUGUGUCUUUUGUUCUUUCUGAGUCUCUCUCUUUCCAAAGGUUGUAUAUAGUGGUCAUUUGGUGGCUCUAACUCCCAAUGUAAGAUGUCUUGGGUUUCAUUUUUCUUUUUCUCUCCUCAGUGGCGUUUGCUGAAUGACAAUUUAAGGAAUGUGCUGUUGAUUUUUUCAAUACAGAGUAUUGUUCUUGUAAAACUGUGACAUUCCACAGAGCUGCUGCCACGGUCCUUUCUUUGGGUGUUGGGCUCUGAAACUCUCAAAAUUUGCUGUCUUUGGUUCCUCCUGGCUGUCAUCUGUCUUUAUGAUUUCACGAUUAGACAAAUGUGGAAUUACAUAACAGGCAUUGCACUAAAAAUGAUGUGAUUUAUGCAUUUAUGCAUGAGAACUAAAUAGAGUUUAGAUUCCUACUUAAUAAAAUCUUUCCAUGACAGCAGCAUACUGAUGAAAACACACACACACAUGCAACAGCAACAACAAAACAGCAAAGCAUGUUCAGUAUUGAGACUGUCAAGAUUAAUUUAUACCAGCAAAACUGCAGUAGUGUCACUUCCUUUCUGUCAAGAUAGUCUUAUUAAUCAUCAUCAUCCUUUUUAAAAAAAAAAAAGAAUUUUUUAAAAAGAUGAAUUUGACACACUCACCAUUCAAUCAUUUCCAGCAAAAUAAACAUUUGGCUGAAACUAUGUCAAAUGAUUGUAAUAUAGGGUUUGUUUGCUGCUUUUGAAGACUGUGUUUUGAGAAAGCAAUCUUGCUUUGAAACAGUGUGGAGAUGUAAAUUUUCUAAGGCUGACUCUUACUAAUCACCGUUUUCCCUGUGAUUUGUUAUCAGUACAGUUCUCUGUUGCUUAAUCUAGAGCUAUGCACACCAAAUUGCUGAGAUGUUUAGUAGCUGAUAAACCUUUAAAAAUAAUAUAAAUGAAUGAAAUAUAAACUGUGAGAUAAAUAUCAUUACAGCAUGUAAUAUUAAAUUCCUUCUGUCUCCUCUGUCAGUUUGUGAAGUGAUUGACAUUUUGUAGCUAGUUUAAAAUUAUUAAAAAUUAUAGACACCAAA